UCCACUGGGUUCUCAAUGUUUCCUAUGAAUCAUGACUGUUUGGUCAGAGAGUCUGGAAGCAGAGAAACUUUACGAGACCGAUCCGCCUCUUUGUUAGUGAGUAAACAUGGAUUGUCACGGUAACAGAAUGGCGUCCUGCUGCCUUCUCUUGUUCUUUGUCUUUUUAAAACUCAUCAGCCUGUCAGAGGAGGGGUGUUAUGAUUAUUUCUCCAGAGAUAAAUGGAACGGCGCAGACGUGACUGAUCUGAUCCCCGUAAUAAAUACCACCAGCCUCCAGGGAACCCUAAAAUGCACAUUAUGGAAAAACAAAGAGCGAAAAUUAUUUCAGAAGAUAAGAGAUGAAUGCUAUGAGAAAGAAGACCUGGAGGAAACGUGCAAUAAGGCAACAUACCACACAAUGUAUAUGUUCCACUUCAGGUGUUUGUUUGCCAAACUAGAAAACGUAAAUUGCACUGGACACACAACCUUUGGAGAUUGUCAGAACUUCAGUUCUGUGGUCGAAACUAUGGAAUGGCUGUGGAGAAUUUCAGAUGGAACAUCUGCAGGAGCCACAUCAACAUCUCCACCAACCAUGUCCACAUUAACUCCGAUCACUACAUCGACAAUAUCUACCCCGAACAUAUCAACGUCACCUAACAAAGCUUCAUUGACAACAAAUUCAACAACGACGUCAACGUCACCUAAGACAAUUACAUCGACAGCAUCUCCCACAACUAUGUCCAUGUCACUUGGCACAACUACAUCGACAGCAUCUCCAACUACGUCAACGUCAGGUAGGACUACUACGUUGACAACAUCUUCAACAACCAUGCACGCAUUAACUCCGAUCACUACAUCAGCAAUAUCUACCCCGACUAUGUCAAUGUCACUUGGCACAACUACAUCGACAGCAUCUCCAACAACUACGUCAACGUCAGCUAGGACAACUACGUUAACAUCUUCAUCAACCAUGUCCGCAUUAACUCCGACCACUACAUCAGCAAUAUCUACCCCGACUAUAUCAAUGUCACCUAACACAACUUCAUUGAUAACAAAUUCAACAACCACGUCAACGUCACCUAAGACAAUUACAUCGACAGCAUCUCCAACAACUACGUCAACGUCAGGUAGGACUACUACGUUGACAACAUCUUCAACAACCUUGCACGCAUUAACUCCGACCACUACAUCAGCAAUAUCUACCCCGACUAUAUCAAUGUCACCUAACAAAGCUUCAUUGACAACAAAUUCAACAACCACGUCAACAUCACCUAAGACAAUUACAUCGACAGCAUCUCCAACAACUACGUCAACGUCAGUUAGGACAACUACGUUAACAUCUUCACCAACCAUGUCCGCAUUAACUCCGACCACUACAUCGACAAUUUCUACCCCGACUAUAUCAACAUCACGUAACACAUCUUCAUUGACAACAUCUUCAACAACCACGUUAACGCCACCUAGGACAACUACAUCCAGCCCAACUUCGUCAGUGUCACAUAGGACAACUAUGUCGACAAGAACUACGUUAAAGUCACGUAGGACAUCUACGUCAACAAGAUCUCCGACAACUACGUCAAGAUCAUCUUUAACAACACAGUCAACAGUUAAAGGACAAACACAAUUGUCAAAUACAGCAACACUGCAGUCACCAAUGGACGUUAAGCCUGGUUUGGCAUGCCAUUCCAGAAGUGCGUCUGACGUGGGUCCGAGAAAAGACUCGUCAACAGAAACACCAGCACCACUCAGAGGGCAUAGCACCUCCAUCCUGGUGUUGUUGAUUCUGUCCAUCACCGCUAACAUCAUGCAGUGGCUCAACUCUUUCCUGCAGAAGCGGAGACUCAAGAAGAAGCAGAAGCAGAUGCCCGCCGAAUACAUCUCCCUGAACCCAGACGCAGCGGCAGCCGAAAACAGCCCAGAGAAAAGCUUAAGUUACUCGAACGAAACUGUGAAUUGAGGACCAAACUCAAGACCUCGUUUCGUCAAACUCUUCACGGGCAACUCUUUCCCUGCAUGAACUGUUUCUAACAGAAUGAAUAUAUGAGCUUCUAAAUCAUUUUGUCCACCAAAAACAAACAAGCAAAAAGAAAAUCCAAGACAUGAGAGAAGACGUUGCAGGAAGCUGCGUUGGUCACGGAGUCAUCAGUCGGAGGCUGACCUCCCGCAGCACAGGUCACAUCACUCCAUUCGACUGAAUGCUGCUCCUCUGGAGCCGGCCUGAGGCAUGUGUGUGUUUGUGUUCCACCCAUGAUUCUCUGUUAUGUGACCUGAAAUGGUUACAGGGAGAAGAACCAAUAACUGAAAGUAAUGUUUGAGUGGAAACCUCAGGUGCAUUGCACAGCGUUGCAUUCACCGUGCAGUGAAUGGUGAAAGUAUUCAGACCUGUUGGAACGUUUUCCCGGCGUUGUUGUUGUGUGACUGCCACAAACCGUGAACUAUUUUAUCUAACGGGAAUUUAUCUUUCACACCAGCACAGAGAAGAAUUCACUUGUUUUACACGGAAAGCCGUUAAGACUGAUCAGUGCUGAGAAAUAUUCUCGACUGGAAAGUAAACCUUCGUUGUCGUCUCAAGUCUUUUACAACCUCCCAAAAGUUGUCAGGACUGAUUGCAUGUAAUGAGCUCCAGCCUCUAGGCCUGUCACGAUAACAAAUGUUGCUGAGCGAUUCAUUGUUUCAAAAAUUAUUGCGAUAAACGAUAAUAUUGUUUGAAGACCUUUUUACACUGAUUUAAUGGAAAUGAUGUAAUA